AUGGAAACGUUCACAGACCUCCUUUCAGAUACCACAGAUCUUUAUUCCCUCUUUUCACUUACAGAAAGUGCUACAGCGGCAGAAAUUAAGAAGGCAUAUUAUAAGCUUGCACUUCAAUAUCACCCAGAUAAACUGACCACUUUAACACCAAAAGAACAAGAGGAAGGAACGAAAAAAUUUCAAGCCUUGGGAUUCGCAUAUUCCAUACUCAAUGAUCCUAAGAAAAGGGAAAGGUAUGAUCAGUCUGGUGAAGUGGGCGACCUUCCUGGUAUAGAGGAUUUAGGAAGUGAUGGUUGGAAAGAAUUUUUCAAAGAAUUAUGGUCAGGCGUUGUCGAUGCAAAUUCGAUAGACGAAUUUAAAAAGAAAUAUCAAGGGUCAGAGGAAGAACGUGAAGACCUCAUUGAAGCCUACAAAACUUCUAAAGGUAACAUGGAUGAAAUCAUGACUAGAGUUCCAGGUUCCAAUGUAGAUGAUGAACCACGUUUUCGUGAAAUUCUCAAUGAGGCAAUAAAAUCCAAGGAAAUCCGAUCAUACAAAAAGUUUACAGAAACUUCUAGUAAAUCGUCGAUAAAUAAACGUAAGAUGGAAGCAGAACGCGAAGCCAAAGAAGCUGAAAAGAUGGCGAAAGAACUUGGAUUGGUGAAUAAUGGAGAUGAAAAAGAAAUUAGUGACAUUAUACUUAAGAGAGGGGGAAAACGAAUGAGCGCAUUGAUUGAAAGUUUAGAGGCCAGAUAUGGCAGUAAUGAGAGUAAGAAGGCAAAGGUUACUGGUAAAGGGAAGAAAACUAAGAACAAAGGUGUAAUGGUGAAUGAACCAACUGAAGAGGAAUUCCGAGCUAUACAAGAGAAAAUGCUUAAAAAUCGAAGCAAAAAAUAA